AUGCGCGAGGAGGAAGCCAAGAAGGCGUCAUUCCGCAGCGAGUGGACGAGUUGCGUGUCCAAGAAGCCGGCGGGAUGGCGCGCGCAGUGCCUCGAGAUCCUGCACAAGGAGGGAAGACUCACACUGCUGCUCGUGAUGCUCGGCAUCUCCGCCUCCCUGGUGGACGACAUCAUCGACAUGGUCGUGCUGGGGCUGAAUCGCACUCGACGAGAGCUCCUGAAACUCGCUGGCUCGAGCGACGCCCCCUACGCUGAACUCGCAGUCUGGGGCGCGUUCACGAUCGUCGUGGCGACGGCGAGCGUCAAGUGGACGGCAGUGUUCGACCCCAUGGCGGCGGGCUCCGGGAUCCCCGAGAUGAAGAGCAUCAUCUCGUACGAGCGCCGCGAGGACGCCAGCAGAUCCCUCCGAGCGCGUACGCUGGUGUCCAAGAUCGGUGGACUCGCACUCGCUCUCGGCAGCGGCGUAUCUCUGGGGAAAGAGGGACCGUUCGUGCACACGUCGUCGAUCAUCGUCCAUCGACUGAUGAAGCACUUGAAGUGUUUCCUCCGGAUCUACGACAACGACUUCAUGCGACGCCACAUGUACGACGUAGCGUGUGCCGUGGGGGUGACCACGACAUUCCGAGCACCCAUCGGCGGGGCGCUCUUCGCCAUCGAAGUCACGAGUACUGUGUUCAUGGUGUCGAAUUACUGGCGCGCCUUCGUAGCUUCGAUCAGUGCCUUGCUAGCCCGUCAGGCCGUCUACAUGGCGCAUCAGGACUGGGUUGCUGCACACCACGCCAUGUUCGCUACGAAUUUCGCGUCCGAGUCGUUCGCGUUUGCUGAGAUCGUGGCGUUCGCGGUGUUGGCCGUCCUCACAGGCUUCCUAGGCGCGUUGUUCGCCUCGGCCGCAACAGCGUUCCGACUGCGUUGGAAGGCUUGGGCAGCCGGUAAAUCGGCCGUGCUGGCAUCCUGGACAAUCCUGUUCCCACUUGCGGCGAUCCUCUGCUUGCCAGUCGGCAUGACGCGCUUGACCUUCGGCGAUAUCCUGGGCGAUCUCACGAGUUCAGAGUCCAAGCUCCCUAAUCGAUGGCAUGCCGAUCUGUCGACGUCCGUGUUCAUCGUGCUGCCCCUCUCGGGGCUCAUCCGCUUGGUCGUGACGGCGAUGUCCUUCUCCCUGCCAGUCCCCACAGGCGACUUCAUUCCGACAUUCAUAGCUGGGGCCACCUUCGGUCGAUUCUUCGGUGAGGUCCUUCGACUUGCCUUCCCCGCCGCUGGAAUCGUGCCGGGCGGAUACGCAUUGGCAGGAGGAGCGGGUUUUGUCGCUUCAACUACAAACACAACAUCUGUCGCGGUCAUGGCGCUCGAGUUCACGGGGCAGUUCGUCUACACGAUCCCGCUCAUUCUCUCGACGCUCAUCGCUUCAAGUGUUGGCUGCGCGCUCCGGGUGUCUGUCUACGACAGUGUCAUCGCCAAAAAGGGAUUCAGCCACGUGCGCACACUGGAGCUGCAGGACCUGAAAGCUCGCGACGUCAUGCUGCGGCGAUUCCCUGCUGUUACGCUUGAAAUGGUCCGGGCAGAGCUCGAGUGCGUUCUCAAGGCAACCGCAACGACCACAACAAGCUUACCUGUGGUCGAGAACCUGGACAGUAUGAUGUUUGUUGGGUGCAUCCGCUGUAAGGGCAUUGAAAAGUUCAUCCGGAUGUCCUCAGAUGCCGAAAAUGGUUCGAGCCUGCAGCUUCGCACAGCGCUUCAGCUCCCUGAGCAGGACGACGCCACAAUACCUGCAACAAAGCAGCCAUCCGAAAAAGACGAUGGCAUGCUUGCAGCCUCCGAGGCUAGGCAACCGGAACGAGCGUCGGCAGUGGAGGAAGUAAAUUCUACCUCUGCAACCUCAAUUGCCAGCGCUGACAACAGCCCACUAGUAGCCUCCGAUCACUUGACAACAGCAGAGGAGGCCAUCAGCGGGAGCCUGGGCCUCGUGAUCGACUCCACCGCGCUUCAAGUGGACCCUGACACGUCCCUACAAAAGGUUCACCUGCUGUUUGAAAUGAUCAAGUGCUCGAGCAUCUGGGUCACCCGGCGCGGCAAGCUCGUCGGGCUGCUACACCGGCAGAACCUGCACGCCCGCAUUGCCGAGCUCAAGCGAAGAGAUGCCUUGUGA